UUUUAUAUCAAAUGAAAUCAUUAAAAUAAUUGAAGAAAUUGGUCCAAAAAAAUUUAAAGCUGUUGUUUCAGAUGGUGCCGCUGUAAUGCAGCUAGCAAAAAGUCUUGUUGCUCAAAAAUAUCCUCAUAUUAUACCAAUUCGUUGUAUCGCUUAUCAUAUUCAACUAAUAGCGGCAGAUAUUAUUAAGAAAACUUCUUUUGGAUUGCAAGUUCUUUCAAAAUGUCAAAAAUUCGUUACUUACUUUCAAAAUUCACAUGUGCCUGUUGCUUAA